CGGCUAAUUCGUUUAUUUUGGCUUCUACUAAACCAUUUAGCACGGUACGAGUUUCUUUAAUCACUUCUUCUUUUUUGCCUUUUUCUAGUUUAUCGCCAAAUUAUGAGCCAAUGACCGUUAAGCGGUUAAAUGAUUUUAUUGCCGCUGAUAAGGAUGUCCAAGCCCUUGAAGAUUUAAACACUCCGAAUGCUCAAUUAUAUGGAACUUAUGAAGAAAAAGGAGGUUAUGAAUUACCCAAAGAUAAAACUACUGCCGAGGAUAAACUUCACAUUUCUCAAAAAGGAGCCUAUUUAUUAGACUUCUUUUAUAAAAAAAGUAAAGAUGCCAAAGGUUAUCCGUUCAAUCCGGACAAAUUAACCGACCCUAAUAUCCAUUUUUUAGAAGAAACUAUUGAAACUAUCGGAGGAGAUAAAGGGAAUGCCGGACAUUUAGCGAUUGGAACCGGAAUUGGCUGUGUUUUUCAUGGAGGAGCCAAAGGAGAAGUGGAAAUGGCAUAUUGUUUAAGAGGAAAACCUACUGAGAGAGCAACCGAAGAAGAAAUUAAAGAGGGAAAACAUGACCCGGAAAUGAAAUCUCUUUAUAAAUCUCAUGGAGCUUACCCGGGCAUGGAACCGGAUAAAAAAGGCUUAUCAAUUAUGUAUUUUGGCAAUUUACUAGGAUUUACCGCUCGCAAUCUUUUUGUCGAAAAAGACACUAUUGUCGUUUUUGAUGAAGCUCACUUUAAUGAUGCCGGUUAUCAAUCCUUACAAUUCGAAAUGAUUAAAGCGGGCUAUAAGUGCUUGCGAAUGUCUGCUACUUUCCCCGGUGCCGAAUUUUCCACCACUUCCUCUUAUCCAAUGAAGCGAGUAUUUAGUGGUAAAUUAGAUCCGAAUAUGCCGGGAGGAUUAAUGAUUUAUCAAAAUGCUGAACAAGUGGAAAAACUGGAAAACUUGCGAGAAGUGCCGGUCAACAAAGAAAGAAUUCAGACUGGUAAUACUUGGAUUUUUGGGAAAAACCUAGAAUUGAGCGAUGAGCAAAUAAAAGCCUUAGGUAAUAAUAUAUCUUACAUGGUUUACACCCCUGAAUUUGACGAAAACUGUGAGGAUAUUUCGCAUGGGAGACCAAAAGGUUCAACUGAUAAUGUCGAUGGUUCCAAAGAAAUGGGUUAUACUCCAGGGAUUGAUACGGUAAUUUGUUUAGGAGCCACCGAAACUACUAAUUUAGGUAAAUACUUUACUUACUCUGAGCCUACUCUUGGAUUUACCCAAAUUUCCAGUUUAGUGCAGCAAAUGGGACGAGUUUCCCGAAUUAAGUAUGGUUUAUCCAUUACCCUAACUAAAGAAUGCGGGGAAAUUGAUUUAAGUGAUAAUGUUUCGGCAGCAAUGGUAAAAGCCACUUUUAACGGAGAUACUAAACAAAUAAACGAAAAAGAAUAUAAGCAAAUUUAUGACAUUGAUAUUUUGCGAGGAGCCUUAUCUUAUCCCGACCCCAAAACUUUCG